AUGGAUUCUCCUUUCUUUCCAUACCCAUAUCCUGAAUUCUCACCUCAAUCUUCUUUCACUUCACUUGAAUCCUCGUCAUGUAAUAAUGUGCUAGGCUUCACCAACCAAACCACCCUUCCCUUCAAUGAAAAUGACUCUGAAGAAAUGCUUCUCUUCGGAGUCAUAACUGAAGCAGAUAGUGACCACUCAUUAAUGGGCACCUCUUCAUCUCGAUCCAGAGAUAAAGAGGCAUGCUCAGAACCACGUGAAGAACUUAUUAAUGAGUCACUAUCUGCUUCUACUUCGAAUGCUUAUAGAGGUGUUCGUAAACGGCUUUGGGGGAAAUAUGCAGCCGAGAUAAGGGACUCCACAAGGAAUGGUGUUAGGGUUUGGUUGGGGACGUUUGACACGGCCGAGGCCGCGGCUUUGGCCUAUGACCAAGCUGCAUUUGCGAUGCGGGGUUCCUCAGCUGUGCUCAACUUCCCGGUGGAGGUGGUUUACGAGUCGCUUCUAACCAUGCAUUAUGGUUUUGAGGAAGGGUGUUCGCCGGUUUUGGCAUUGAAGAAGAGACACUCCAUGAAGAGGAAAAGAGUUGGUAGGAAGAAGAAAGAAAGAGAAAAUAAUCAGACGAGGGUGGAAAAUGUGGUGGUGCUAGAGGACUUGGGUGCUGACUAUUUGGAGGAACUUCUAAGUUUAUCUGAGAGUACUACUACUAGUGUUGGGACUUGGUGAGUGAUCUAGGGUUACUCACAUUAUUUGAAAUAAA